GCCCCAUCUACACGCAGGUGAGUGGGAACUCAUACCUGGCCAAUUCCUGCGCUUUUUCCUUUUUACAUUCUACCCAAACGGCUUCUCUUUAACUCUGGAGAAAAGGUUCUCCUCCCCUGGCUUGUGAGCACUCAGGCAGCCCGCAGCAGGAGGAGCCCACCAUGAUGAGGAGGAGCGACAACUACCUGCCAGUUCCUGGCGAGGAGAAAAACCUGGAUAAGGACUUUGUCCACACAACGGCCAGCAGCAGAGAGUCCAUAGCAAUGAAAAAUCUCUAUGUGGAUGACAUCUCGCCCCUGUACCCGCGGCUAGGUCCAUACUUCCUUGAUGGGCGGCGGCGGGUGGACUACGUGUUGGCAUACCACAUCCAGAAGCCCAGCAGCAUCCGGCGCCGGUCAUCCAGGUUUGCUGACAACAACAUCAUUGCACGGCUUCGCCGCAGCCUGAGCAUGAGGAGCAGUCGAGCCCCACUUCAGCCAAAGGAAGACCCAGAGAUUGCUGCCCAGGAGCAACGGACAGACUAUCAUGAGGAUGACAAGCGUUUCAGGCGGGAGGAGUUUGAGGAAAACCUCCUGGAGACGGGCCUGGAGCUGGAAAAGGAUGAAGGGAGUAAGAUCCCUGGAAUCGGCUUCUUGAAGAUCCAUGCUCCUUGGAAUGUCCUUUGUCGAGAGGCUGAGUUCAUGAAGCUCAAGAUGCCAACAAAGAAGAUGUACGAUGUGAAACAAGGCAAUAAUCUGGUGGAGAAGAUCCGACUGUUCAUUCAUAAAGUCACAGCCCCACUCCAUCCAAAAGUAGAUGCCAACAGACCACAAAGCAUCAAAUCCCUCUCUCACCCCUUCUCCAGGGAGAAGCAGCAUCUGUUCGAUCUAUCUGACAGGGACAAAUUCUUUGACAGCAAGACCAGGAGCUCAAUAGUCUAUGAGGUACUGAAGAGGACAAGGUGCACCAGAGCCAAAUACUCCAUGGGGAUCACAAGUCUGCUAGCCAAUGGUGUCUACACGUCCGCCUAUCCUCUGCACGAUGGAGACAUCGAAGAGAUGACUGCAGAACCUAAUGACAGGAAGCUGCUGUACCAGGAGUGGGCCAGCUACAGUGUCUUCUACAAGUACCAGCCUAUCGGACUCAUCAGGAAGUAUUUUGGGGAGAAGGUUGGACUGUAUUUUGCCUGGCUAGGAGUCUACACACAGAUGCUGAUACCUGCAGCCAUCGUUGGAGUCAUUGUCUUCCUCUACGGCUGUGCCACUGUCGAUGAUAACAUACCUAGUAUGGAGAUUUGCGAUCCCAGGAACAACAUCACCAUGUGUCCACUGUGUGACCGCGCCUGCAGCUACUGGAAACUGGUGACUGCGUGUGGUACAGCGCGAGCCAGCCACCUGUUCGACAACCCAGCCACCGUCUUCUUUUCCAUCUUCAUGGCCCUCUGGGCGGUUCUCUUCAUGGAGCACUGGAAGAGACGACAGAUGCGACUCAACUAUAUCUGGGACCUGACAGGCUUCGGAGAGGAGGAAGAGGAGGAACAUAAGGACCACAACCGAGCAGAGUACGAGUUCCGGGUCAUGCAAAAGACAAUGAGACUGGAACAUUCAACCCCGAAGGGUGAGAAGGUGAAGCUUACAUGCACAGACAGACUACCCGCUUACCUGACCACUGUGGUCAUGAUGGCCUUCCUGAUUGUUGUGACAUUUGCCAUUGUCUUCGGGGUCAUCCUGUACCGGAUUAGUAUUAAGGCAGCCCUGCACAUGAGUACCUACCCUGCAGCAAGGUCCAACAUCAGAGCCACUGUCAAAACCACCGCCGCCAUCAUCAACCUCAUCAUCAUCAUCAUCUUAGAUGAAAUCUACGGCGCCAUCGCCCGCUGGCUCACCACACUGGAGGUUCCAAAGACAGACAAGAGCUUUGAAGAGCGCCUCAUCUUCAAAACUUUUAUCUUAAAGUUUGUCAAUGCCUUCACACCCAUUGUCUAUUUGGCAUUUUUCAGGGGCAGGCUUGUUGGGCGGCCUGGAAACUACUUGUAUGUUGUUGGAUCAUACAGAAUGGAAGAGUGUGCCCAUGCAGGAUGCCUCAUGGAGCUGUGCAUCCAGUUGUGCAUCACCAUGCUAGGCAAGCAGCUCAUCCAGAACAACCUGUUUGAGAUUGGCAUACCGAAACUGAAGAAACUGCUCCGGAAGAGGAAGUCAGAGUUGGACUCAAAGCAAGAGGAGGAGCUGAACAAAACCCUGCAGCGCCACGAGAAAGACCACUUCCUGGGUCCAUUUGUUGGCCUAAGCCCCGAGUACAUGGAGAUGAUAAUCCAGUUUGGAAUGGUGACCCUUUUCGUGGCCUCCUUCCCUCUGGCUCCACUCUUUGCUCUUCUGAAUAACAUCAUCGAGAUUCGCCUGGAUGCCAAGAAGUUUGUUAUGGAGCUGCGCAGGCCAAUUGCAGCCAAAGCCAGAGACAUUGGUAUCUGGUACAACCUCUUGAGAGGCCUCAGCAAGGUAGCAGUCAUUGUUAAUGCCUUUGUCAUCUCCUUCACCUCUGACUUCAUCCCUCGGCUGGUCUACCAGUAUAUGUACAGCCCAGAUGGCACCAUGCACGGCUUCGUCAAUCACACUCUGUCUUACUUCAAUGUCAGUGACUUCCAGCCAGGCACAGACCCCCUGCAGCCAAUGCACCUGGGCUACAAAGUAGAAAUAUGCAGGUAUAAGGACUACCGAGAGCCUCCGUGGUCCAGCACGCCAUAUGAACUUUCUAAGGAAUUCUGGGCCGUUCUGGCAGCCCGACUUGCCUUCGUUAUUGUCUUUCAGAAUGUGGUGAUGCUUAUGAGUGACUUUGUGGACUGGCUGAUCCCAGACAUCCCCAAGGACAUCAGCCUCCAGAUCCACAAGGAGAAGAUCCUCAUGGUGGAGCUCUUUAUGAAGGAGGAGCAAGGCAAAAGACUCGCGGCACGGGACACCUACAACCAGGACAACUGCAACUCCCCCUCGUCAGCCAAUCAGAGCCCACCACAGCCCCGCUCGCGGCCCGUCUCACACGCUAACUGCUGUUAAACUGGUAGCUGCUGGGAUCUAAGAAAACAAGCGGAAACAGCAACAAGCAAACAGCAAUACCCAUAUACAAACUGUAAAUACGUUUAUCAGCUGCUCAUAGCUAGCUGGUAAAGGUUAAGAUAAGUUUCCAUUAACACAUGAUCAUUUUGUAAUAAGUAGCAGCGCUUUUGCUGCAUUCACGUUGUUUGGGAAUAUUUCCAGGAAUGACCUGACGGUUAAAACCUCAACUUUGAAGAAAUUGGCUGUUUGCCUCUUUUCAACACUUUCCCCAUGUUAAUUUAGUUAAGUUAACAUUGUACAGCAAGCCAGAAAUUUCAUUAUCAGCCAUUAACAAAAAAUCUAGCAAGUAGUUAGAAAAUACUCUGCCACAGGAUUUAUGAUCACAAAACAUUAUUUGUUUGAUAUAAUUGAAAGGAACAAGCCAUUAGCUUCAUUUGACUCGGGGGAAUUGACUUGUUGAUGAGAACAUUCAGGAUGUCUGAGAAAAUAGUGCCAAACCUGCAACCUAGUGUGAAUCUGCCACCUCUCCCAUGGGACUUAAAUGCAGCUUUUUUACUGAAGUCAGCCUCAGUCAAUCCGUCCAAAUGGUCCUGCUGAGUGUUAUUUCCUGGUAUCUUACUGGUGAGAUGCGACACCAAUGGACAUCCUCCCUCCCCCCAGACAGGCUCAGACAGGCAUUUUUUAAUUGUUUUUUUUGCACAAUUCUAUACCACUGCAGCGAUUUAUUGAUAUAUUUUCUUUAAUAGGCAACAUGGUUAGGCACAUGUGCUUUGGUUGUUGGGAUGAACAGCAGGUUCUGAAGACCUUCUGUGUCAAGCAGCCUGUCGAUUUGUACUUAUUCUCUUGUAUGAGCACCAUAGUGCUCAUUAUUACAUUUUUUACAUUUUGAGUACCAACAGCCUAACAGAACUCAGUGGCAUUAUUCCAGGAAACACAAGUCAUACUAUUAUUCAUUCUGUGAACUGGAUUUAAAGCUGCAUUUGGCAAGAUUUACAGUAUAAACAAAAUGAUGUCAUGAUGUCAUGCUCCGUCUGACCUAGCUGAGAUGCUGUAGAUACUCACUGUUUGUGCUGUUUACCCUUACAUCGGAUAUUGGGGAGAGACGUCUUUCUACACACAGUCAUAAAAUGACAGUAAUUUCAAUAUUGUUUCUUAAAGCUGCAUUAACUGAUUUUUCUUCUUCAGCAGAGCAAGCUAACACUGAAAUAUCACCUUAUAAAUUUUUUUUUUGGUACAAAUGUUAGCAAAUAAUCAUUUACACAUCCAAUACAAAUCAACAUUAGCAUUCAUUUGGAGUGUUUCAGUCCACUGCUCACUGUCCUUUUAGCUUAAAAGAGGAGCAAACGAUUAUGGAGUAAGACUGUUGAUAUUUUAACUCAACAGCAAAACAAAUACAUCCCUCCCUCCAAUGCUCCUUCAGAGGCUCCACCCCCCAAAUUAUGGACGCGCAUCGCCAAGGCAACGACACAAUGGCAGAACCCAGAGCGUCUUAUAUGGUAUAGAAGUGGAUACUCAUAGCUGAAGCAAAAUAAACCUCAUAAUAUUAAAUAUCAUCAAACAGACAAUAUGCACACAAACACAGCAUCCAGAACACAACGGAGUAAAACCUAGCGGGAGCUAGUUGCUUUGAUUGUUUUAACAAAAUUAACGUUUUACAUACCUGUCAAACAGAAACAGAAACCUCCACAUCCGUCUUCGUGCCUUCAACUCUCGGUUGGAAAGCCUUAGCAAUGUUAACACAGCUCUUCGCCCUCGCCUGAUCAUAGCAGUGCCAUUUUCAGUUUUUGUUCUUCUGACCCUCUCCUCUUUGGCAGUUUCUCGGCCAUCUCUCCUUCUUGACAAUAGGUUCCUCCUGUCCUCCUGUCCCUACUGCCCCCUCUCCCCCAUCUCCCCUCUUCUCUUCUUUUUUCCCUUGUCCUGUGCCUGAGUAUGGUGUUGCGUGGCUCGGUCUGAGCAUUUUUGUUUGUUUUUCCAUUUACAGAGCCAGGGCUGCGUAGGAACACUGGAUUGUUUUUCAGCACACAUAGAACGGACAGCUAGCGGACUGGAGGGGUUAUUCACUGAAUUUGACAAAAAGCGUAUUAUAUUUGAAUCGAUAACUAUACCUUUAAGAAGCCAGGUAUUUCUAUCUGGCUCUUUGAUUUCUGAUUAACUUAUAACAAGCUAAUUGAUAACUAUCAAAACAGCUGCUGGGAACAAAGUUUAUGUAAAGAAGUCUGCAGUCCAUAAAACCAAAGCAAUGAACUGAAAGACAGUAAAAUACUGUGUAGAGCUGAGGGGAACUGCAGGGUUGUUGAUAAUUCUCUUUAGGUUUGUGUUUUAAAAUGACUAGUGCAGCUAUAAAACUGUUACAAUCAACAUGACCCCAAAUGAAUGAUAAUGUUGCUCUGUGUCUGGUGAAUGUAUAAAUGUCAUAUCAAUCUAAAAGGUGAUAAUAUGUCUGUGUCAUAAAACCCUAUAUUGUUAAAAUUUUCAGCUUAAUUUAUUAAAAGGUUUUGCUGCUCAAAUAUUUAAUAACAAUAAUAAUCAACUAUAUUUGUACAGCACAUUUCAUACAAAACAUGCAGCUUAGUGCUUUACAUUUAAAAAGGAAAGAAAAAAGGGAACAGAAUAAAUCAAAAGCAAACAGGUAAACAUAAAACUGCUUAGCGUUACAGUGAAAGCCAGGUAUUUUAGAGAUCAGCUUAUAAGAACAUUUAAAUGCAUAAUCAACUAAAAAAACACAUUUAAAGGCAUAAUGAAAUAUUUAAAAACAGCAUUUGGGACACCAUGUGAAGCAUGCACAUCAUAAUAAGUGGUGUUAGAAGAGGGCUAGGUUAAAGAGAUAUGUCUUUAAGUGCCAGUUCAAAAUUUCAGCAGAGCCUGCCACUCUAAUAUCUUUGGAUAUGCUCUUCCUACAGUGGCCCCCCUGGGGUCAGCUGAGAAAAUGUUUUGUGGGGUUCAGGGUAACUAGAAAGCCCUCAGUAGAGGAUUUAAGGGCUUGUGAAGGAACAAAAAAUCUCAGUAGGGACUCAGUGAUUAUAGAGUAGGGACUCAGUGAUUAUAGGCCAGUCUUCAGCUGUUGAGAGCUUUAGUGUGCAAGUAGAGGGACUUUCAAAUCUGUUCUAAAAUAUAGCCAGUGCAGUGUAGCUAAGACUGGAGUGAUGUGUUCUCUCUUCUUUGUUUUUGUUAGCAUUCUAGAAGCAGUGUUCUGGAUAAGUUGCAACCUCUCAAUGGACUUUUUAUGGAGAUCAAUAAAAAAGUGCAUUGCAAUAGUCUAGACUACUUGAGAUGAAAGUAUAAAUAUAUUUUUCACUAUCUUGCUGGAUCAGGAAUGGCCGUACUUUUUGAGAUGAAAGAAUGCCAGCUUGGUCACUACAUAUAUACUGUACACCUUUAUAUAUAACUUAGUCGGAGUCUAAAUUAACACCCAGACUUGUUACUUCUGGUUGGAUCCAGGGAGUCAGAUUACGAAGUUUUUUAAGAAGUUUGUCCCUUUUACUUUUGGGGCCAACUAAGACCCCGAUUACACCUAGUAUUAAAAUGUGAUCUAUAUCCAGACACCUUACCCAGAUAAUAAACAAUGCAAUCUUGGCUUUGCAUGUACACCUGGUAUUUUUAAAUGCGUCCUCAUUAAACUAAUUCAAAUCGGAUCUCUGUCCUUUGGAGAAAAACCUGGGUGUUAUUUAUUUGAGGUGUUGAAAGAAAUGCCACAUUAUUUUUUUUAAACGUAACCUUCUGUCAAGUUCAAAACAUGUUAACGAGUUAUUCAUUUAUCCUAUGUUAACAAAUGCUGAUGUUGCUACAUGUUCUCGUUAUGAAAAUAGCCCAAUUAAAUUUUAAUGUCAGUGUUAGCAGGAUAGCACACCUUUAUUGUUUGAAGUGGAGUCCAUGUUAUUGUCGCUGGCUGGCUCCACACUGGCUAACGUUAAAGUAGGCAACGACGUUGCACAGUUGCAUAGAGUCCUUUCGCCCUCCUCUGAAAAUGGGCAAGUUAUCCUAGACUGCCCACUUUUGUUAUAAUUAUCAUUAGCUUUAUGAUAAACCACCGUUAGAUGUUUUAUUUUCCAUUGGCAUUGCAGCCAGGUUCUUCCAUUUGUUUUGAAAUGUCCUUGCAAAUGGACCUAUUUCUGUAGGAACUGUCCAGUUUUGCUUGGAAAGCACUGUCACCCCAAAACCCCAUAAACAUCUUGUUUCCUCAUGGCUCCAGGGACACGCAUCUUCCUUUUCUACCAGUCACUAUAACCCUUAUUACCUUCUUUCUUAAAAUUUUUCAUCAAUUUAGCUAACUUCUGAUGUGAGGAGCACUCAGUGGUAUUUGCAGUCAGAGAGGGUCAGACGUCGGGUCAGAGGUCAGAGCGGGAAUAAUGACAUUGCAUAGGUACGGAUGGCAUGUUGUACAGAUUGCGUUUACACCUACCUAAGAUACAAACACAAUGCAAGCCGGGCUACCUCCAGAAGUGGUUAGGCAGAUCCAGCCACAUUCUGAUCACAAUGCAUUUACACCUUGCAUUAACAUGCAUUUUUGCUUAGGUAUCCGGAUACAGAUCGCAUUUUAAUGAUAGGUGUAAACGGGGUUUAAUACAAAUUCAGUAUUCUCCUCAUUUAGUUUUAGAAAGUUAUAAUCCAUCCAUUUAUUUAUUUGACGACAGGCGGGCAGUGAGGGAACUUAAAGCAUCUACAUCACUUGGCUCAACAGAUAUGUACAAUUGUGUAUCAGCACUGUAGCUAUGGAAGCUAACAUUAUCUUCCCUGAUGAUGAUGAAGAAGCAUGUAUUGUGAGAACAACAGAGGGGCAAGGCAGCUCCCUUGUGCAACACCAGAGGUUAUGUCAGGGGAGGUUUCUUUGACACAUGGUCCCCAAGAGAAACAUACAAUUUUCUUCUUGUAAUGUACGUUCAGAGCCAGUUUAGAACACGUUCAGAGAGACCAACCCAGUUCUCAAGGCGGUUUGGGAGAAUGUCCUGUUCUACUGUGUCAUUGCCGCACAAUAAAUGUAAGAGAACCAGAAACGGUACCCUACCUGGCAUCAGAACUAAGUCUCAGAUCAUUAACUCUGUUUGUGAGAGCAGUCUCUGUACAAUGAUUAGCUCGAAAAUCUGAUUGAAACUUCUCUAGAAAUUGUUUUCAUUUAGAAAGUUGUUUACCUGGUGGAAUUUUGUUUUCAGGUAUCUUGCUUAAGAAUGAAAGGUUUCAUGUAUGUUUAAUCAUUUAUGGGACAGGUGUGCUGACAAAUUUAAGGCUAUGCAAAGAAAAUGGUAGUCAUGUGUGUGUCAUAGUGUUUGCCAUCAUACUCAUAUAAUGUCAGAAAGCUGCAUCUUAGAACAAGUGUGACUGAAGAAUCUUGCCUCUAUAUUUUAAUUUAAAGGGACUUUGCAUUUUGUUUUUGCUGAAGUAGGAGACGGUGUUACUGACUCUCAUACCCUGCCUUACAUACUCCCAGCUGCACCGGGGAUUCAAACAGUUGACCGAUCAUCUUCUCUAAACCAUUACUGGCUCAUUUAAGAUUUCCACAGUGUUUCAGUCAAACCAGGAAAGGCAGCACUGUUACAAUAUAAUUAUCUUGCCUUAUAUUAACCUUAUAAAUCAUUUGACAUUUUCCUAAAGCUGCAACUCUUAAACUACUCAAGCACAAAUACAGAAAAAAAUAUAUUUUUUAUUUAUCAAACUGCAAAUACAUAAGUGGGAGUGACUGGAUAUCACUUUGAAGAACAUACAUGUACUGUAGACCGAAAUGUGCAUUUACUCGUACAUUCUACAGUCAUCCGUGUGUCGGAUCCUGCCCCCUGCUGUAGAUAUUUUAAACUACCCCAAAUUUAAGCCCUCACCCAGACUGGUAGAAUGUAUUAAUGCAUUUUUAAUUUUCAUUAAUGUAUAAUGGCUUUUAGGUCAAAAUGUUGUAUAUGUAUUUUUUGGUUUGUUUUCUAGUUUUUUUUUUAUGACAAGGCUUUUUUAAGUGCAUCUAUUAUGUUGAAAGGGUUUUAUCAGCCCACAUGGGACCACUGUUCUAUCAACUACGGACUUUCACAAUGACAAGGAUAUACUUUAUCUAAUUGUCUUAAUUUUCAUUCUUUAUUUACUGUACUAGUAACCAUCAAUGUGGACCUCUUUCAGUGUAUCUGGAAGGAUACCUUGGAAAACAUCUUCCAAUGCAGCCUUCAAAGACAUUUUGUCACAGUAGACAUUACUUCUUUCUGGGAUAUGACUUGCUUGUUUGAGCAAAAACUGCACAUUUACUUUUUUAGCAAAUCUUAACACUGUUAAUACUGUGUAUGUAAGUAGGGUUAGUAUUGAUAUUGAGUGAUCAAUUACGAAGAAUAUUUCCCCUUAGAAUCUCUUAUAACCUGAUGUCACAUGUGAAGCCCGUCCCUGUCCAUGUCCCUCAUGAUAUGUGUUCUUCCUGCCGUCUGUGGCCAUGGUGUAUUUACAAGAUCAAUAAAACACUACAAAUUUUGACAUCUGUUAUAAUGUAUGUCAAUGCACAUUUCACAACAUGCAUGAGUGUAUAUGCAUGUAUAACAGAUGUGUCUGUCUCUGAUAUUUGGAGUCUUUUUUCUUUAAACUAACUACAAAUAAAUGAGUGAUGAACUA